AUGAAGACAGAAUUCAAGUUCUCCAAUCUGCUGGGCACAGUCUACAGAAAAGGCAACCUCGUCUACACCAACGAUGGCAACACUUUGCUGUCACCAGUCGGUAACCGAGUCAGUGUAUUCGACUUGAAGAACAACAAAUCGCACACUCUGCCUUUCUCACAUCGACUGAACAUAUCACGGAUAGCACUUCACCCCAAAGGGCAGCUUCUCUUGACCGUCGAUGAGCAAGGACAUGCCAUUCUCUCCCACUUUCAGCGGAAGAUAGUGUUAUACCACUUUUCGUUGAAGAGUCCGAUCUCAGCUUUGACGUUCUCCCCAAGCGGCAGCCACUUUGCUGUUGGCCUGGGCAGGAAGAUCGAGGUCUGGAAGACACCCUCCACUCCAGGAUCUAUCGAAGCUGCACAAGGUGAGAAUGCCGAUGGGUUGGAGUUCGCACCUUUCGUGCGCUACCGACAGUACGCGGGUCACCAUGAUGGCGUACAAAGCAUUGAAUGGAGCAGUGAUUCGCGCUUCUUCUUGACAGCCAGCAAAGACUUGACAGCACGAAUAUGGAGUUUAGAUCCUGAAGAAGGCUUCACUCCGACUGUGCUUGCCGGCCAUCGAACUGCUGUAUACGCUGCUUGGUUCAGCAAGGAUCAAGAAACCAUCUACACAGUGUCCAAAGACGGCGCGCUCUUCCAAUGGCAGUAUCUGCCUUCGCCGGAUGCAGAUCCUGACAACAUUCGGGAAGAGGAUGAACGAUGGCGCAUCAGCGAACGACACUACUUCUUCCAGGAUCAAGCCCACCUGACUACUGCCGCGUUCCAUCCCUCGUCGAAUCUGCUUGUGACGGGCUUCUCAAACGGUCUCUUCAUGCUGCACGAGCUACCUAGCUUUUCGGAAAUCCACAAAUUGUCGAUAUCAGCAUCAAAUGUCGACACUGUUUCGAUAGACCCAAGCGGCCUGUGGCUGGCCUUCGGCUCAUCCGCACUUGGUCAACUACUCGUGUGGGAAUGGCAGAGCGAAUCAUACAUACUAAAGCAGCAAGGCCAUUUUGACAGCAUGAACGCUCUCACAUACUCGCCCUCCGGUGAUCGGAUCAUCACUUGUGCGGACGAUGGCAAGCUCAAAGUAUGGGACACAGCAUCUGGAUUCUGCAUUGUCACCUUCACCGAACAUACUUCUGGCGUCACCGCGUGCGAAUUCGCGAAGCGUGGCAAUGUUCUUUUCACGGCCUCCCUCGACGGCAGUGUGAGAGCAUUUGAUCUGAUCAGGUAUCGAUGUUUCCGAACCUUCACAGCGCCGAAGAGACUAAGCUUUAGCUCUAUCGCCGUCGAUCCAAGUGGUGAGAUUGUGGCAGCUGGUUCGCUUGACGACUUUGAUAUUCACAUCUGGAGCGUACAGACUGGACAGCUUCUCGAUCAGCUCAAUGGUCAUGAAGGUCCUGUUUCGAGCUUGUCAUUCGCACCUAACGGCGGCAAUCUCGUUUCCGGAAGCUGGGAUCGCACUGUCAGGAUUUGGUCAGUCUUCGGUCGAACUCAGACCUCAGAACCAUUACAGCUUCAAGCAGACGUAUUGGCGGUAACUGUACGACCGGACGGCCGGCAGAUCGCGGUGUCCACGCUUGACGGCCAACUCACAUUCUGGAGUCUCAGCGAGGCAACGCAAGAAGCUGGUCUUGAUGGCCGCAGGGAUGCGAGUGGUGGCCGCAAAGCUACAGAUCGUAGGACCGCGGCGAAUGUAGCCGGCACAAAGAGCUUUGGUACAAUUGCAUACAGCGCGGAUGGCACUGUUCUGAUAGCAGGAGGCAACAGCAAGUACAUCUGCCUGUAUGCAGUUGAGACCGGAGUGCUCUUGCGGAAGUUCACUGUGAGUGUCAAUCUCAGCUUGGAAGGCACGCAGGAAUUUCUCAACUCUCGCACUCUCACGGAAGCUGGUCCACAAGCACUACUCGAUGAGCAAGGUGAAGCUUCGGAUUUAGAAGACCGCAUGGACAAGAGCCUGCCCGGUGCCAAGCGAGGAGACGCCGCCCAGCGCAAGAUCAACCCUGAAGUUCGUGUCCCCGGUAUCUCAUUCUCACCCACUGGCCGAGCGUUCUGUGCCGCGAGUACGGAAGGCCUGCUGUUAUACUCGCUAGAUGCGGGCGCUGUCUUCGACCCAUUCGACCUUGACGUUGACAUAACACCAGAAAGCACCCUCGAAACACUACGUCGACGAGAGUGGCUGAAAGCUUUGGUCAUGGCCUUUAGGCUCAGCGAUCAGAAGUUGGUGCGACAAGUCCAUAGGUCCGUGGCCGUUUCAGACAUAGGCUUGGUUGUUAGAGACCUGCCGCAAGUGUACCUCGAGCGGCUUCUGCGGUUCGUCGCGAAGGAGUCAGAUUCUAGUCCACAUCUCGAGCUGAACCUGCUGUGGCUUGAAAGCCUUCUCAACCAACACGGCAGAGUGCUGAAGGAGCGGCAAGGGGAGUACGCGGAGGUCGUGCGGAUGGUGCAAAGAGCUAUUGCUAGAACGCAAGGCGAGAUCAUGAAGGUCGCCGACCAGAAUGAGCACACAAUUGACUACCUGCUCGCUCAGCCACGACGGGACUCCGGUUCAGCAGUGCAGUUGAAGGCGAUUACAAACGGGGGUGCCGAGGAGGAGGAUGAAGAGAUGGACGACGGUGAAGGGGAAUGGAUAGGUCUUGAUUGA